AUGGAGCCUUCAUUUUCUCCUGUCGAGAUAUCCUUUCCCUUACCCAAACAUCCACACUUGAAGUUCCAUGCUCACUUGAGUUUCUUGGGCACUUGCAACAUCAUUCACUUGACAACCACAGAUCUCGAUCUAUCCGACAGCUCGUUGCCGCCGAUGGGCAGUUUCGUCUAUGCAAUGCCUGAUAUGAUCAACGACCGCAACGUCAUCAGCACAGCGUUGUCGACAUCUGGCUCAAGCAUAGACUACGCUACUCGGAUGGCCAAAAUACUUGCAAGGAGAAUGAGAAGGCCCGUUUAUGUUGGCUGCAGCAUGAACUUUGCAGGCACAACUCCCGAAGAAGAAAUGGAAGGAUUGACCGUCGCUGUCGAUCAGAUAAUGCAAAAUUGGAAUCAGAAAUCAUGA